AUUCACUAGUCAGUCGUGUACGGCCGGUCGCGGAGUACGGAAGGUGAGAGACGCGUUUAACUUUUUAUUACUCGUUUAUCAUCGGACGUUCUCUUCUCACUGUAAUAUUCUUUAUUUUUGUUAUUACUUUCUUUCUCGUACACGUAUUUAGAAUAAAUUGUAACAUAUACGAUCUCGAAUAUAUCACCGGCCUUUAUCGUGAGUCGAUUCAAAGAAAUAAAAAAAAAAGAGUCGACUUCUUUAGUUCAUCGAAAAAAAAAGAAAUAUAGAAAUAAACUGUCUUUCUCUCUGGUUAGGAAAGAAGGAGGGAGAGAGUGAGAUAUAUAUAUAUAUAUAUAUAGAAAGAUAGAAGAACUUUUCUCGUGCGUUAAAAAGAAAAAGAAGAAGAGAAGAAAAUAAAAAAAGAAAAGGAAAACUAAAAACAAGAAAAGAAACAUCGUCAAUAGAGAUUUAAUCUCUACGAGUGUGUCGCGUUUUUUGUGAAGAAAGGGUCAAGUAUCAGAAAAAAGGAAUCUAGAAAUGAGAACACUUAUGGAACACCAACUGUCCUGGUUCGCCUUGUUAAUGACUGCCUUCUAUUCUCUUCUCGCAAGUUGUCGGGGUGAGGAGUGCGGACACGAAGAACUUACGAGGUGCGCUAGGCCUCUCAAGAAGAUCAGUAACAACGAUCUCAGCUUCGUUACGAAGAAGGAGGAUCUUCAAGAGCUAUGCCCAGAUAUCCAGGCUGGCAUGAAGUGCAUCAAGACAUACACCGUCAAGUGCAUGAAGGACAAACAGAGGGAACACUUUAACUCUUUGUACACGGGAACAAACCAAGCGAUUAUGGAACUUUGCCAGGAUGGUCCUUACCAGGACGAGUAUCUGCAACACGCACCCUGUAUGCAGAAAGUUAGGAAUGAGUAUGAUCUCUGUUACAAGAAAUACGAGAAGACCACUCAAGGAAUGGAGAGAGAAAAUCGUACGGGAGGUGCUAACAGUUCUCUCAAAUCGGUUUGUUGUGCCUUCAAGGAAUAUCUAGAGUGUUCGCAUCAUACGGUACGCCGACAGUGUGGCGAUGACACGGCGCGAUUCACAAAGGAAUUCCUCGACAGGAUGUCAGAUUCGCUUUUGAAGACGCAUUGUGCAUCGUACAGCCAAAAGGAGUGCGCGAUGGAAAGCGGAGCUGAUCGAACGUGGAGAAAUAUCGAGUUGAUCUUGCCAAUGGUGUUUGUUUUUCUCGCGAGGUAUUUCACGUAAACGUCCAUGCGUUCGCUAGCCUCCAUGGACGUCACCGAUGAUGCCGGAAAGAAGGGCAAUUUCCGUGCAGGCCCUUCGAAGGGGCUAUAUUUUCGAAAGAAACGAUGUCGGUCGAGAGGAGGAAAGAUGCUAGAAAGACCAACAACGAUUUUUCUUUUUUUUUCCUUUUUCUUUCUUUUUGGAAGACCAACGAAUAAAAAGGAAUAAAGGAAGAAAAAGAAGAUGAAGAAAUGCAUACACGGGAAGAGAGAGAGAGAGAGACGAGAAUAACGAUGACGAGAUGAGCGAGACGAGCCGGAAGAUUCUCUUCUAUACGAGAAAGCGUCGCUCGUUUCUGCUUCGGUACGCGGCUUGAUGCGACUCGACGAAUUUUCGUGUGGAGGGCCAUAAAGAGGAAGAGCAAUUCUUUGUUGAAAAGGAAAGAAAGAAAAGGAGGAAAAAAGAAAGAAAACCCACUUGUUCCUUCCGGUUACGUAUUCGUUUCCUUUCGGAACCGCAAAAACAUCCGAUUAUCGUUCUCAAGAAACAUGGCUGCUCGUUGAUCUCGUUUGGAAAUGAUGUUCGCCAUUUAAAAGUUAUCAUCAAUCGUCGUCGUCAAUAUUAUUACAUAUAAUCAUCGUCCUCAUUCAAGUUGAAUAUUCUUCUGAACACUUUCCGUGAUACAUUACGAUCUAUUAGAAUUAGAUAAGUAUAAGGAUCCUCGUUACUUAUACAAUAUAUUCGCGUCGCCGUUAAUCGUGUUAGAUUAGACUCGUCGUUCGAUAUAAACGGACAACGAAGGACCAGAAAGUUGAUGAUGAUGGACUGAUUGUGAGUUCGGCUGUUCGUUCAAUCUGAAUCGGAUUCUGUUUUCUUUUCUUUUCUCCUUCUUUUUUUUUCUUUCGUCGUGAUAAAGAAAUAACGUAGAAAAAAUGAAAGAAGAAGAGAAAGAAGACGAAAAUGAAGGUGAAGAUGAAGAAGAAGGGGAAGAAGAACUCGCACUUCCUUUCGAGGAAAACGUUAGCUACUCUACUUCGUUAUCGAAAAGCCGAUCCUUUCGAGAAGAUCGUAAGCGCGAGAGAAAUAGAGAUGUAUAUACCUACAUUUACCUCUAUAUAUGUAUUUAUAUACCCAUGAAGAAGGAGAAGAAAAGAAGUACGUUCCGGCGUCGAAGCACGUGCCGUUUCCGGAGAAGGAAGGAGAACGUGCACGAAGAGGAAUACUGAUCUUUCUUCGGGAAGUAGCAAGUUUUCCACUAGGAACGAUAGAAAAAGGGACGUAUCACUCGACGAGUAGAGCACUGGUAUUGGUCCGUUCGGGGUUAUUCAUCGAAACGACAUCUUCUUUGCGAGGACAAAGAUGGAUGAAAGGAAGAAAAAGAAGAAGGUGAAAAAAAGAAGAGGAAAAAGGAGAAACAGUGAAGGUUUUCUUCGUACAAACGUCCUUUCUUUCAAUCUUUUUUUCUCUUUUUCUAUUUUAUUCUCUUUUUUGUUUUUUCUUUCUCUUUCUUUUUCUAUCUCUCUUUCUAUCUAUCUAUCUAGGUAGGUAAAGUCUUCUCGUAGCUCUCAUUUUCUACAACUGUGCUUUUCAUUCUCUCUUUCAUUUUUAUUCAUCACCUGAAAGAGACUAGAACGAAAGGGAGACGCGAAAACGAAGAAAAACGAAGAAUAAGAAUCGUUAAUGGAAACGUUUCUCGUGUCUCGAUCGCGAUCAUAACUGCUUUCCUUUGAUAAGAUUCUCUUUCUUUUUCGAAUACGCUAUCGGAAACGUUUUAAAAACCAAUCGUUCUCGUUUCUGUCUUUCCCAAAAUCUAAAUUCGUCGUUUUUCCUAAUCUCUACUUUCUCAUAAAGUUCUACACGCGUAAAAAUCUUCCGAUCUCAUUCGUAUAUUUCUUAUUGGUAUGGCCGAUGAAUGUAUUUAAUGUUUGAUCAUCGAUUUCAUAGUUAAUGAGAAGAUUAAUGUUCUUUCCCGGACACUCGAUAUCCAAAGAAAUUUCUUAUGAACUUUCGAAAAAAUCCUAUUUAUUAUCAAAUAAAAAUAGAAGGGGAAGGAGAAACGAUUUAACACGGAAAGAGACGAAUAACUCGAUUUGAAUUUGUUAGACGUCAUCAUCUUUUUAAUAUUCAUUAAUACAAUUCGUUUACGUCAAUACACGAAAUUAAUCAUCGAAAUUUUGCUAAAGAUAAAACGAUUUUGUAUUUUUCGUCUGCUUUCUUUCUCAAUUCGUAAGAUCUAGUAGAAAGUGUGAAAGGGUCGGAAGAGAGAGAGAGAGAAAUGAAAAGUCACCUUUAAACGUAAUUAACCAUGAUCGCGUCUAAUGCGCACGAACGCACUGCAUUACGUCAUAAUAGGGAAAUCGCGGUACUUUAUCGAGCGCUCUUUGAUGUGUAUCGUGUAUAACAUCACUUAACGAUGGUCAGCCAUAAUCGGAUUUAAAUCCCUCGAGACAUCCCGCCUUUAGCCGACGCCAUUCUACACACGCUCGAGUAUAUAUUAUUCUCGCGAGAUGUUCGAUCUACGACCACGUCAAUUUUCUUAGAUUAACGAUCAUCUAGAAGAGAAAAAAGGAAAUGAGAAAAGAAAUUCACGCAGAUUAUAACAUAUUUCUCGAACUGUGUGUGGUAAUUCAUAGUCGAAUCAAACGACAAUAAUUUCUCGUACUAUUUUUAUGGAAUAAUAAUUCAUUCAAAGUAUUCGUUUCUUUUUUCUUCCUACAAAUACAUCUCUAUAAAUAAUCGAAAUAAAAAUAAUCAUAUUAUUUACUUCAAUUGAUGCUUCAUAUUAAAAGUGUCAAAUUAACGUCGUUGCCGAUUAUCACACAAAUUUGAUAAAAAUUCUAAAACAUUGAUUCAAUUAUUUUAAGAAACAUUUUACAACAUACUUUUGUGUAAAUUCUUUUUUUUCUUGUGCAAGAUUUUAUAUGAAAGGAAUCAUCGGUUUUUUCUUUAUUAAACGAUUUUUGUCUUUAAUCUGAAAAACAAAUAGCAGUAUUUUUUUUUUUUUUUUCAUUAAAACGAUUGCAAUUAUUAAAACAUAAGUAUGCGUGUUUUCACGGCAUCCCACCGAUUUGUGUCUACUCUACUAAAGAGACCGAAUAUAUGUACAUGUAAUAUAAGUCAAGAAAAAAUUCCAUAGAGAAAAAGGGAUAGAGAAAAAGAGAGAAAGAGAGAGAUAGAGAAAAUGUUCUCUUACGUACGUAUUUCUUUGCCAGUAUAAAAAGGAUUUAACAUUUUAAUACGCCGUACUUUAUCGUUCUCUCGAAAAGCUUUCCGACGACGGACGCCAACGUUCCUUCGUAGAAAUCUUCACGACGAAGAUAAAAUGGCGAGGGGAAUGGGAUGGGAUGGGGUGGGAUGGGGUGAUGGUUGGGGGAGAUCAUCGAAGAAAUAUUUAAAGUGAAUGGAAACGUUCGCGAGAGAGAGAGAGAGAGAGAGAGAGAGAGAGAGAGAGAGAGAGAGAGAGAUUUUGUAUGGUAUAAUGUAUGUAUGUAUGUAUGUAUGUAUGUAUGCAUGUACGUAUCUUUUUGUACGUAUGUGUUACCUGGAAUACGAUUGGAGAACGCAGUUUUCUUUGCUCGUAACUUAUGUAUGUAGGUGUGUGUAUGCGUGUACAUAUAUCUAUUAUCGAUGAUGUGUAUUUACCAGUAUAUUAGAUCAUAAGUAUUAUAAAAAAGAGAUUUAGAUUCGUAGAAACACGUUAUACGUCCUAAAUUUAUGUAGGUUUUAACAAUGAGGAGUAGUAUUAUUGCGCACGAAGAGUCUCAUGAUAAAAAUAAAAAGUGUACCUUUUACCUUGAAGCACGUGAAUGUGAACGUAUGAAAGAGAAAUAGAAAGAGAGAUAGAGAGAAAAAGAGAAAGAGAGGAAAAGAGAAAACGUUGCUUCGAUUUCCGGAUAUAAGAGAUAGUAAGAAGGUAUUACAGCAAUAUGAUAGGUGGAAAGCGAAGAACGUCAACGAUGUUUCCUUCCGAUUUAUCCAUAUUAUGUAUAUCCAGGUAAAAAGGGAGCAGUCACUUCGAAUGCAAAAGAGAGUAUUUAUUUGUAAAAUAAAUAAAUAAAUAUAUAUAUAUACACACACACACAUAUAUAUAUAUAUACACAUAUAAUAUGAAAUCGCUAUGUAAAUAUAACAUAGAGCUACUCGGUAUCGAGUCGAACUAAUUGUAAGAUAACUUAAUACAUUAAUACGUUCUCAAUAAAAGUCGAUUAUUUUUCGUUAA